AGCCCCAUGCAGGUCGAUUGGCUGCGGCUCCUCGUCUCACGGCCGGCUCGCCGCAGCUGCUUAUAUGAGUUGCUCGAGUUUGUAUUUAAGAUGGCUUCAAUCCUUCCUUGAUACCGGAUAUCUCGCCUCUCUCAUCACCGCAGCAAUGGCUCGCACAAAGCAGACCACCGGCAAGACCCUCCGCCGACGCGGAGGCGGCAACGGCGGCUUCGGCACCGGCGGCGGCGGUCGCUCCGCCCGCUCCUACGGCCCCCACGACCUCGACAUGAUGGCCCUCCAGGAGGAAGCCGAGCGGCGCGAGCGCAUCCUCGCCGACCGCCGCCGCGUCGCCGCCAAGUGGCGCCCCAAGAUCCCCGAGGUCCGCAAGGUCAACUUUGAAAACUUCAAGAACCGCUUCCAGGCCGAGGACGAGCCCGACUACGCCGUCGAGGUCCUCGUCGCCGGGCCGGGCCUGCAGGGCCAGAUCCGCCGCGAGCGCGCCCUCCGCCGCAGCGAGGAGACGGCCCGCGUCCGCAAGAGCUGGUACAGCCUCUACGGCCACCACGGCGACCGCCACGGCGGCGACCUGGGCCGCAACAGCAAGAAGAUUGAUCCUCUGGACAAGGUCAAGCGCGAGAAGCGCAACGAGCUGCUGCCCUCCGACACCGAGAUCCAGCGCAUCCGCGUGCAGUCCCAGCCCGUCCUCGGACACCUGACGUCUCUCCUCAACGACACCGAGUCGCGGUCGACUCCGCGCACCUUCAUGCGGCCGUUCAAGGCCCUGGUGUACUUCCAGCCCAAGAUGCGCGAGGUCCUCGCCACGCUGGAGGAGAAGUGGGCCGACUACGAGGAGCUCGACGAGCAGGGCUCUGACACCGCCACCAGCGAUGAGGCCGAGGUCCUCGUCGAGGCUCCCCCCAAGGACGCCGCUGCCGAGGGUUCUGAUGCCGAGGAGGACGGCGACGAUGACGACGACAAGUCCGACACCGAGUCCCUCGCCUCGGUGGACUCCAACGCCGACGAGGACUUUGACGGCGUCAUGGACAGCCCCGAGGCCCUCCGGGACAUGCGCUGCUACGUCAAGUUCAUCGACGAGGAGAUCAUGCCGCUGUACGCGCGCUUCGACGACAGCUCGGCCGAAAAGGUCAAGUUCGACGACCUGUGGUCCCUGUUCCGCGUCGGCGACCUCAUCCACAUGCCCGCGGCCGUCGAGGCCGGCGGCCGCUACCACGAGGUCUGGCGCAUCUACCGCGUCCAGGCGCCGCAGCCCGAGACGUCGUACCCCAAGAACGGCUGGGGCUUCUUCGACGAGUACGACGACGUCGACGACUCCAACAAGUUCAAGAUCUCGGCCUACUACGUCGACCACGACGGCUCGACCUUUGGCGCCGUCAAGAACAAGUUCGAGAUCGAGGCCUUUGCCGGCGAGCGCUCCAUCGACUCGCUGCCCUGCUACCCGCUGCGCUACCAGCCGGGCCACGAGGAGCUCAUCGAGGGGCUCAAGGACCAGGGCCGCCGCUUCCUGCGCUACCUCGAGGACCGCCACCAGCAGCACAACGCCUGGACGCUGACCCGGAACCCGCCCUCGCACCGCCACGAGCCCGACCAGGAGAUCCUCGAGAACGAGUACUACGAGAAGAUGCGCCACCCCGAGUUCGUCGAGAGCGACGUCAUCGUCGACCUCACCGAGGCCUACCAGAAGAUGCCCAACUGGCGGCCCGACUUCCACCAGCUGGCCGUCAACAAGUCCAUCCGCUGCGAGAUCUCCGACGACGAGAUGCCCAUCCAGAAGUGGUUCGACGGCACCCGCCAGAACCGCUCGUACGUGCAAAAGGAGAUUAUCCAAAAGGCCGACGGCGUCGAGAGCCGCCAGCGCCGCGACAACCUCGCCGUCGACACCUUUCUGCGCAACCGCCUGCGCGGCACCCGCAACUUCGAGGCCAACGCCCAGGCCCUCAAGCUGCGCGACGAGGACCUCGUGCUGCUGCCCAAGCGCAUGUUCGCCUACGCCCUGCGCGAGCGCCGCUUCAUGCCCAUCGACCUCAACCUCCUCAAGCCCGUCCGGCGCGAGGCCGGCGUCUUCGAGAGCCUCCGCAUCCACGGCGACUACAAGGACGUGGUCCGCAGCCUGGUCAUGUCCCACUUCCGCAAGAAGCAGCUCGAGCGCCGCUACGUCGACGCCGCCACCGAGGGCCCCGGCCAGGACCUCAUCCAGGGCAAGGGCCGCGGCCUCGUCGUCCUCCUCCACGGCGUCCCCGGCGUGGGCAAGACGGCGACCGCCGAGGCCGUGGCCAUGGAGAACAAGAAGCCGCUCUUCGUCAUCACCUGCGGCGACCUCGGCCUGUCCCCGUACGAGGUCGAGUCCCGCCUCAAGAACGUCUUCCGCCUGGCCCACCUGUGGGACUGCGUGCUGCUGCUCGACGAGGCCGACGUCUUCCUCUCGCAGCGCUCCAAGCAGGACAUGACGCGCAACGCCCUCGUCUCCGUCUUCCUCCGCGUCCUCGAGUACUACAACGGCCUGCUCUUCCUCACCACCAACCGCGUCGGCACCAUCGACGAGGCCUUCAAGUCCCGCAUCCACCUCUCCCUCUACUACCCGCCCCUCGACAAGACCCAGACCACCGAGAUCUUCCGCCUCAACAUCGCCAAGCUCAAGAUCAUGGAGUCGGAGCGCCACAAGAUGACCGGCGAGCCCGCCCUCGCCAUCAAGGACGACGAGAUCCUCGACUUCGCCGCCAAGCACUACGAGGACCUCGCCCGCUCCACCGGCUGCUGGAACGGCCGCCAGAUCCGAAACGCCUUCCAGAUCGCCUCCAGCCUGGCCCUGCACAACUACACCAAGGACGCCGAUGCCGCCCGCGCAAAGGGCCAGCUGCCGCCUGCUGCGCCCGUCUUGGACAGGAGACUGUUUGACAAGGUGCAGAUGUCGACGCAGAGCUUCGACAAGCACAUGAAGAAGGAGGAGGGCAAGUACGACGACGGACUGCCUCUGAGGAGCACCUUUCAGGAGUAA